AUGAUGGAAGCUGUUGAUAACUCAAAUGUCCUCAAUAAUGGAGGAUUUUCUCAGUUACAGAGUUGCUUCGGAGAUUGCAGUAGCGAAGAGGAAUUAUCGGUGUUGCCACGUCAUACAAAAGUGGUGGUUACCGGAAACAACCGUACGAAAUCUGUCCUUGUCGGUCUUCAAGGCGUCGUUAAGAAAGCCGUCGGACUCGGUGGUUGGCAUUGGCUGGUUUUGACAAAUGGAAUAGAAGUGAAGUUGCAGAGGAAUGCACUUAGCGUCCUUGAAGCUCCUACAGGGAACGAAGAAGACAAUGAUCUUGAAGUCGAGCAUACACAGUGGAAUCCCUCUGAUAUGACAUCUGAAGAAACUCUGAAACCUCAUAAGCCGAAGCAAAGAGGACAAAGAUCAGCACGUUUGUCUCAUAAAACAAUGUGCAGGGCCUUAUCUUGUGACUCACAUUCAAAAAACUCGAGUUUAACUCCUCGUGGGAACAUGAAGGUUGAUCUUAGCAAACUUGAUAUGCCUGCAUUACUGAGAUAUUGGCGACAUUUUAACCUUGUGGAUGCUUUUCCUAAUCCAUCAAAGGAGCAACUAAUUGACAUUGUUCAAAGACACUUCAUGUCUCAGCAAAUGGAUGAGCUUCAGGUGAUUGUAGGAUUUGUUCAAGCUGCAAAAGGAAUGAAGAAAAGCUUGCAAUUGGAAACCAAAAGAAUCCAGAAACACUGA